AUGUCUGAAGACAAUACCUUAGCCAUUGAGACCAUAAAUCUCAAUUACGAAUUUGCCAAUCACCGAGUCGGACUAACGGAUAUUAACCUUGAGAUUCCAUGGGGAACUACCAACUUGCUUGUUGGGCCCAAUGGAGCCGGGAAGUCCACCUUAUUGAAGAUCUUAGCGGGCAAAAGCCUUAUUAAGAAAGGGUCAUUGAAACUAGGAGGGUUUGACCCCUUUGAGUUCAGUUCCGACAGGCACACUCACCGUAACUCCGAUAUCAACAGUUACAUUACUUAUUUGGGAACGGAAUGGGCUGCUAACUCCAUAGUGAAGAGAGAUAUCCCCGUGAAGAUUUUGAUUGCUUCUGUUGGAGGAGAUGUGUACAGUGAACGUCGAGAUGAGUUGAUUGAUAUCUUGGACAUUGAUUGUGAUUGGAGUAUGCAACAAAUUUCCGAUGGAGAACGCAGAAGAGUUCAAAUUUGUAUGGGACUAAUUAAACCUUGGAGACUCUUAUUAUUGGACGAGGUGACCAUUGAUCUAGACGUGAUAGUUAGAAGCAAAUUGCUAGAGUAUUUAAAGAGAGAAUGUGCCUUAAGAAGAUGUAGUGUUGUUUAUGCCACUCAUAUCUUUGACGGCUUAGGUAAGCAGUGGUGUGAUAGAGUGAUUCAUUUGGAUGAGGGUAAGAAGAAAGACGACAUUGUCAUCUCACAAAUCAGGUAUGUUGUGGCCAAGACAGAAGAUGAAAAGAGAGUUAAAAUCGACAACCAGGCUGUUUCGGUGCCCUUAGCAGAGACUUUGCAUCCACUAGCAUUACAUUGGUUAGCGGGUGAUUUGCUUGAACGUGGGUCACGUGAGGAGCAACGGCUUCGAAUGGAACAUGCAAGAAAGGGGUGGGAUAAUGAAAGAGAUGGAAGGUAUUUUGAUGCUGAUAGUGCAAAAUUAUCCAGUUAUUUCAUUAGCACCAGAAGUAAACCAGGACCAAGUUAA